AUGGAUUCACAGCAUCUUCUAGCUAGUUUCCUCCCUUCUGCUUCUCUUCACUUUCAACUCCUUACAGAUGAUAGCAAAUGGAAGUCAACCAUCGGCAAAAAAUUACCGGAAGUGAUUAGUAUAAAGGUGUUAUGGGGUCGCCUUGUUAGAGGUUCAGAUGCUGCCGUGCUCAAGGCUAUCGAUGAUGCCGUGCAUGAUGGUGUCGACAUCUUGUCACUUUCACUCGGUGGUAGAUUUUUCCAAAGUUUUGUCACAAUACAUGCUGUAGCAAAGGGGAUAACAGUGAUCUUCUCAGCGGGCAAUGAUGGUCCGCUUCCUCAAACCAUUAGCAAUGAGCUUCCAUGGGUGAUUACAGUCGACAGCACAAUCAACCGCUCUUUUCCUACGAUUAUCACGCUCGGAAACAAUCAAAAGUUGGUGGGUCAGUCAUUCUAUCAUGCAUCCGAUGAUGGAUCUAAUUCGACAGAAUUAAUUCGAAUUGAAAGUUGUUCAACAGAUGAGCUAAAUUCCACAAAUAUAGCAGGAAAGAUUGUAGUGUGCGCUGAUUCUUUAGUUGCUCCUGGAGACAUUCCUUCUGGUGUUGUUGUUGCCUAUGGAAGCUUCUCCCAAGUAGUGAAUAGCUUGAGAGAAGCUCAGGCAGAAGGUGUUAUCUUUGCUCGGUCCCCAAUCAGCUUGCUCCAAGAUUAUGGGAGAUUUAUCUAUCUCCUUGUAGACAAUGACGUAUUGCUACAAAUAAUGGAAUAUAUAGAGUUAAGGUGUGUUCUCUAUACUGAAUCAGUUUCCUUUAUCAAACAUUUAAUUUGUAGUCAAUUAUUCUAUUCAAAUUAAGCUAAUAUAUAUCGUUUGAGAUCAACAGUGACACAUCUUCUCUGACGGCCUUGAUAAGCCCAGCUUACAAUAUCGUAGGAAGUAGAGUGAUGUCUCCCAGGGUUGCAGCUUUCUC